GUUUUUUUUAUAAACCCUUCAUUUACUUUAUUAUUUUCCCAAACAUGGAAGGGUUAUGCACAACCCUUACCUUCCUUUACCGUCCCUUACGGUACUUUACUUUACUUUAAAAACCCGUACUUUACUUUAAUGCCUUCUCUCCCAAACAAAGCCUUAAUGAAACCUGUUGGUUACAUAUUAGCAGCUUUUCACUUCAUCUAAUAACAAAAACAAAAUGAAAUCUUGGCAUGCUCUUGCCAAACCAACCACCCUAUUAUGCACUGCAAGAAAAUAUAGUUCCUUGAACAAUGCACCUUCACAAAACCAAAUAGAAUCCUACUUCAUAUCGCUUGUCCAUUCCUCCAAAACCAUUCUCCACCUCCACCAAAUCCACGCCCAAAUCCUCCUCCACAAUCUCUCUUCUAGUAGCCGCGUCUCCACCCAAUUAAUCUCUUCCUCUUCUUUACGCAAAUCCAUUGCCUACUCCCUCUCACUCUUCAACAAUUUCCACCCCAAAAACUUGUAUUUAUUCAACGUAUUGAUUCGUGGGCUAACGGCCAAUUCCCUGUUUGAAUCCGCCAUUUCCCAUUUUGUUCUCAUGCUCAGGUCUGACAUUAAACCUGACCGCCUCACGUUUCCAUUCGUGUUGAAAUCUAUUGCGAGUUUGUGCUUAGGAGGGAUAUGUAGAGCUGUUCAUGGGAUGAUUUUGAAAUGUGGGUGCGAGUUAGAUAUGUUUGUAAGGGUAUCUAUGGUUGAUGUUUAUGUGAAAAUUGAGGAACUGGGGUUUGCUCAUAAGGUGUUUGAUGAAUGUCCUCAGAGAUUUGAUAGAGGGAGUACGUUGUUGUGGAAUGUGUUGAUUAACGGGUGUUGUAAGGUUGGGGAUAUGAGGAAGGCUUUGGGGUUAUUUCAGGCUAUGCCGGAGAGGAAUACUGCUUCUUGGAAUAGUUUGCUUGAUGGGUUUAUGAGGACUGGGGAUUCGAAGCGGGCGAGUGAGGUUUUUGAUGGGAUGUCUGAGAAGAAUGUGGUUUCUUGGACUACCAUGAUUAAAGGGUUUUCGCAUAAUGGUGAUCAUGAGAAGGCGUUGUCUAUGUUUUCGAGGAUGUUGGAUGAGGGUGUGAAGCCAAAUGAAUUUACUCUUGUUUCUGCUCUCUCCGCCUGUGCGAAUCUUGGUGCGCUUGAGGGCGGUUUACGAAUAUACGAGUAUCUCAAAACUAAUAAUUUCAAGAUAAACAGAGAAGUUGGGAAUGCUUUGGUUGAUAUGUUUGCAAAAUGUGGGAGUAUAGAGUCUGCAAGUCAGAUGUUCGAAGAGACAAAAGACAGAGAUAUUCGUACAUGGAGUGUUAUGAUAUGGGGUUGGGCAAUUCAUGGGCGUUCUGAUGAAGCACUUCAGUGCUUCAGAAAAAUGAUGUAUUCAGGUAUUCGGCCAGAUGAGGUUGUCUUUCUUGCUGUACUAAUGGCUUGCAUACAUUCUGGCAAAGUGAAUCUUGGGCUUAACUUCUUCAACAGCAUGAAGCUUGACUACUCUAUUGAGCCCACCAUGAAACAUUAUGCUUUGAUUGUGGAUCUGUUAGGCAAGGCUGGUCGACUUAACCAAGCUCUAAAGUUCAUUGAAGGCAUGCCAAUAACUCCAGAUUUUGUUAUAUGGGGAGCACUUUUUUGCGCUUGUAGAGCUCAUAAAAAUAUCAAAUUGGCAGAGUUAGCCUCUCAUAAGCUCUUAGAGCUUGAACCUAAGCAUCCUGGAAGCUAUGUCUUCUUAUCAAAUGCUUAUGCUGCAGUAGGCCGAUGGGAGGAUGUCGAGAGAGUAAGAGUUCAGAUGCGUAAUAGAGGCGUUGAGAAAGAUCCUGGGUGGAGCUAUAUAGAGGUAGAGGGCCAAGUGCAUAGUUUUGUAGCUGGUGAUCAUGCCCAUACGAAUGCCAAAUACAUAUACAUGAAAUUAGAAGAAUUGGUGGCCGGUGCGAAAGAACAAGGAUAUAUGCCAGGGACUGAGUGGGUUCUUCAUAAUAUCGAGGAAGAAGAGAAGGAAGAUGCAUUAGGAAGUCAUAGUGAGAAAUUGGCACUUGCAUAUGGACUGAUUCAUAUUUCACCUAACAUGACUAUAAGGAUUGUGAAGAAUCUUAGAGUUUGCGGGGAUUGUCAUUCUUUGAUGAAAUAUGCUAGCAAGACGGAGGGAAGGGAGAUUGUGCUGAGAGAUAUAAAGCGAUUCCACCAUUUCAAGGAUGGUGUAUGCUCAUGCAAAGAUUACUGGUAACAUGGCCCUCUCUAUGUAUCCCUCUUGACAUCCCUCUCUACAACUUUUGACAGCAAUGGUACUGUUUUUUUGGUAUUAUUGGAAGCCAAAGUUUGCAGCCAAAAUGGUUUUUCCAAACGACAACAACUUACUGCAGGAGAUUGAUUUCUUGGUAAUUUUAACUUAAGGUUUCGACGUGCACAUCUCCUCUCGUUGUUGGCUAUGAAGAAACCAGAAAAGAUUGUCAAUUUGUUGUCUGAAAAGCAGCCAACGCACUUGGGAAUUGGGGGUGCUCGGCCACCUAAGCACUUUAUUAGGUUUCUCAGGCAAUGAUACUUCUUGUUUUGAAGAAGGAAGUUCGAUUAAGAAGUGUUAUGUUGCUUUUAUUGAUGAUGCCUUUGCUAAGCUUAAACCUUUUUAAAUCAAGCAUAAAGGCCAAAUUAGCCAAAGAGAAUCAGAAGAGCUUGAGGAUGCAACAAAGGGGGAAGGGAUGUGUUCAUUGAGAAGCCUCCAGCAAAUGAACGUUUGUCUGCAUUAGAUAUCGAAAAAUCAGUUGAAACAUGUCUUCCUAACAAUAUGAUUCUGCAUACCAUGGGUGGCAUUCCAUUUGCAGGUAUUUUAUUUGGUUUCACAUGAGUUUCAUAUAUGUUAGGUUAGUUUGUUAUGCUGUACUGUAUGCAUAUUUUUAGCAUUAUACUGGUCAGUUUUUUUUUUCUUCCCCCCAAGUACUGGUCAGUUGAUUAGCAAACAUUAUUAUUGAGAAGCUUAGGGCCUGUGAUUGAUACAUAUUCCAAUUAGGCUAAUGUGCCAAUGUGUUCUGAGUUUGAUGUAAUUAAUUAAUUAAUGUAA